AUUUCCGUUGUCAGGUGGCGCUGUCGCUGUGGAAAGAUGCGAUCAGCGGAGAGCGGAGGCUUUUCCUUAAUUGCUCAUUUCGGUAACAGAGGCUAAACAACCCGAAACCAACCCUCUGUGGUCUCUCCUGCUCAAGCGAGAAGCUCAGCGCAUCCACCACCGCGUUUGCCCAAGAAAUGUCGACGUUGUAAGCAGACGGCGCAGACUUUACUCGGCGGUUUUGGCUCGAGAGCUCCAGCAUGUCCAAGCGGCGCUCGUCGGAGAAGGGGGCUGGAGAGACAUCAGGCAGGGCCAGCAAGCUGCAAUGUCCUGGGAUAUCCGGCAACAACGCCAAGAGAGCUGGGCCCUUCAUCCUUGGGCCUCGCCUGGGCAACUCACCAGUGCCCAGCAUAGUUCAGUGUCUGGCCAGAAAGGACGGCACAGAUGACUUCUAUCAGCUCAAAAUCCUGACGCUGGAGGAGCGGUCGGACUCUGCAGGAGAGACUCAGGAGGAGAGGCAGGGGAAGAUGCUGCUGCACACAGAGUACUCCCUCCUUUCUCUGCUGCACAACCAGGAUGGGGUCGUCCACCACCAUGGCCUAUUCCAGGAUCGAGCUUACGAAAUAGUGGAGGACACAGAGGCCAACAAAGUGCGAAAGAUGAAGAAGCGGAUUUGCCUCGUGCUCGACUGCCUGUGUGCUCAUGACUUCAGCGACAAGACGGCAGAUCUAAUAAACCUCCAGCAUUACGUCAUAAAGGAGAAACGACUGAGCGAGCGCGAGGCCAUCGUCAUCUUCUACGAUGUGGUGCGUGUGGUGGAGGCCCUUCAUAAGAAAAACAUUGUGCACAGAGACCUCAAACUGGGAAACAUGGUGCUGAACAAACGGACUCACCGAAUUACCAUCACCAACUUCUGCCUGGGAAAGCACCUGGUGAGCGAGGACGACCUGCUGAAAGACCAGAGAGGAAGUCCAGCUUACAUCAGCCCUGAUGUAUUAAGCAGUCGACCGUACCGCGGUAAACCCAGUGACAUGUGGGCUCUUGGCGUGGUCCUCUUCACCAUGCUGUACGGCCAGUUCCCCUUUUAUGACAGCAUACCUCAAGAGCUCUUCCGCAAGAUCAAGGCUGCUGAGUACUCCAUCCCAGAGGACGGCCGCGUGUCGGAGAACACAGUGUGCCUGAUCCGAAAGCUGCUGGUGUUGGACCCUCAGCAGAGGCUUACUGCAGGAGAGGUGCUGGAGUCUCUUGGUGUCAUCAUUGCCUCAUGGCAGUCCGUUUCAUCGAUGAGUGGCCCCCUGCAGGUGGUCCCGGAUAUUGACGAUCAAGUCAAUCACCCAGAUAAUCUGCAAGAGGCCAAGGUGAUAGAAGAGUCUUCACAGUACGAGUUUGAGAACUACAUGCGCCAGCAGCUGCUGUUGGCUGAAGAGAAGAACACUAUCCACGAGGCCAAGAGCUUUCUCACCAAGCGCCAGUUUGGCAGCAUCCCACCUGUGAGGCGUCUGGGCCACGACGCCCAGCCUGUCAGCCCGCUAGAUGCCGCCAUCCUGGCACAACGUUUCCUCCGGAAGUAGUCCCCAACUACCCAUCUCAGCCUGCCUGACCUCUCCAGGGUGUACGGUCCUGCAGAGUCCAGAGAGGACUGAGAAGGACAAGCCCUAAAACUGAACCCGCAUACAGAAGGCCCAGCCUGAACCAGGGUACAGACAGACCCAUUCGUAGGUGGGGCUUUGGGCAAGCUAUGUGGAGCCUGUGUGAGGAGGGCACCAGAACAAACUGCUCAUGUCCGGAUCCUCUAGUGAAACACGGAAAGCCCAGGAGGAAGAUCUGAACCAAAGGUUCCUUGCCCUCAGGUCACCCACAGUCAGAUCUCACUGUGUAACCAAGCUGAUGGCACAGUCACACAGGAGGCUAACACAAGGCUCUGCCUGGAGUGUUGAAGAGACGAUUAACCCCUUCCUCCUCCUCCGCCUACUCCAAGAUCUCCCUACUGUAACACUUCCUCAUCAACUCUGGAUCCCCUGAGCAAUACAGGACCAGAAUCAUGUAGCAACCCCUUCUCUUCCCUAGUGGUUAAUGGUAUUGCCUCAAGUCAGGUCAACUGAUCACAGAUGUCACUUCUCUAUACCUCCAUUCCACCCUCUCCCACUCUUUCCUCUUCCUCUCUGUUUUCCUGUACCGAUAAUGAUCCAGACUGGUCCUGUCUGUUGACUUCAAAUCAAUCUACCUCUCUGUCUCUCUUCUCUGUUGGUAAACCAUGCUCACUGUUCUGAGACAAGGGAUUGUAACAAUGGAGUCUUGAUGCCACCAGUGACAUAAAGCAUUAAUGUUUUCUGUCAGAGUGAUGAUGCUUUGAAACCUUUUCAGUGGUUUCAAAAAAUCUGAAUAAGCUUUUUAUCAUAUUUACCUUAAUAAGUAGCAUUUUAUCCCUACCUUUUGAUUGAAGAUGGAGAAUAUCAAAUUAUGCGUACGUGCAUCCUUUGAUAUUUGCAGAAUGCAUUGUCUCCUGCUUUCGCUCAUCCCUGUGGAAAUCUAUUUUUAGCAUCUAGGCAGCUAGUGUGAGGUACCUGGAAGUCACAAUGCCAAGAACUGAAUGGGAAAAACUGUUGGAUCCUCCCUGCCAAGGCAUAUUGAUGGUAACGCUUUCUCAGUGCCAUUAUAGUGAAGAUCAGGCACUGUCAUGUUUCUAUUGCCAAAAAUCAUGUCUUAAAAUUACUUUUAGCCAAGGAAACUGGUACCCACAGCCUCAUUCAGAAUCAAAUGGCUUCCAGGUAUUCCAACUUCCCUGUUUCUCUUUAUCAAGACAGAUCAUGGGACAAGAUUUCUUUUUCAGUGUGAAUGUGAACUGUCACCUACGCUUUGCUACGUCUGCAGUAUCCAUGAGUGUGUACGCUUGUGUUAUUUCGGGCCAGGCAAAACCAGAGUCUGCAGGGCCGUCGAGCUGUUAACCUCUGACAGCCACAGACCCUUUGUAAGCUAUCCUCCAAUCAUUGUGUUCUGUUAUCUGGCCUGCCUCAGUGGCAGACACUGUGAAAACCAGAGCGGGCUUUGCUAAGACGGGGCUUGAUCAAAUGUUAUUGCGAUUGUCGUGAAUGCUUUCUUAAAGUUUGGAAAAUAUCACAUAUCUAUUGCCAUUCUCAAGCCCCCUCUCUAGCUCAAUUUGUACAUGCUUUGUAUUAUCUCACCAUGUUGGCUCUUCACACAGAGGCUCGCUGGUGGCUGGUAAUCGAUACUGUAAUAUUUCGUAGAGAAAUGAAAAUACAGACUCGCAGGUUUUUAAGCUUAGUUUCUGGGUCUUCUUGGCUAUUAAUGCAUUCUUCUUUUAUCAAACCAUGGCAAAGCUACUAACCAGUGACUGUUAGGCAUCUGUACACUGCAACUUGCCUUUGCGUAUUGGUACCUGCUUUAGGCUCUCUAGACUUCUUCCUAUUUAUAUUCAAACUGAUUGCAUGAACAUAGGCUCUGGAAUCUUUUUUAAUUUUCUUGUAAUUUUAUGUUGAUUUAUUUAUUCACUUGUGUGCCCCCCCCCAUCCCCAAACCACUGGGGCUUGCAUUGCGGUCAUUGAUCAUAGCCUGUCUAAACUGUUAUUUUAAAUGGAGACACCCAAAAACUCUGCUCUCUCAGCUUUUAAGAAGUGUGAGCUCACAGUGAUUCUCAUUCUGAUCCUUUUCUGCCGCAUCCAUCAAAAGUGUAGCACCUGUUUUUGUGUUAUCCUUUUUUUUCCUGAAUUAUUUUCUUGCCAUUUCUGCCACAAAGUCUGUGGUCAACUUAAGCUACACUAAUAACGAGACUGACUUUUGCAUAGUUCUAUUUUUUACAGAAAAUGAUACUCGCACAUUAUCUUGAUUUACAGGAGGGGAUUUUUUUUGUAGUGUUUUUUUUUUGUUUUUGUUUUUUUCUCCCAUCAUUAACCCCCAGAAAUCCCCGCACAAGGCUGCACUCUCUGGUCAGUAUGUAAAUAUGUACCAUCAUGACUGCGCCAGUCAUAAUGUAUGUAGUUCCACUCAGCGAGAUACCAACACCGUUUCAACACAUGCCGAUUGACGUGCAUUAUGGGCCACGUUGGCCAUCAACCACCACAUCCGGAGGCUAAAUUAAUGUCUUGAGAGCUGUCUGCUUUCUCCCACCUCAAUGUGAAUUUCCAUGGGUAUACAGCAGUAUUGUAGUAGUCUAGAUCGUUCCAUCAGAACAGGGUGUUUUCAUGAGCACCGUAGCCAUUGCUGACAUUAAGUGAUCGUCUGUGGGAAGUGUCUUAAGUCAUCUUCCACAACAUUCCAGAUGUUUUUUCGUCCCCACCCCCCAUAAUCAAAAAGUGUUUCACUCUCUAGCUAGUGGAUUGUACCACGUUCAAUGUUCGUUUGACAGAGUUGUGUUGGUAGACUGCGAUGUGGACUGAAAAGCAUGGAAAUAGUGUGAGGUUAAACUCUGUGUAAAACAUGUGAGUGUUGCAUGAUUUUAAACUUGAAAAGUGUGCCAACUGAUAGAGAAUUUGAAGAUAACGUACUCAUUUGGGUCCUACAGGAAAACUACAAACCAAAAUAGAAAUACCCCUCAAUUAGACGAGAAGUCAAAUGUUAUUUAUUUUCCCUAGUUUGAAUUUUUAUAAUGGAUCCCCCUCCCCCGCUUAUAAAGUCUAAAGUCUUCAGUAUAUGACCAAUAUAUUGCUGACUGUUUCAACUGGAAACUCGGUGUAGGAUAUGAAACGUGGCGUAGGUUAAACCCAAUGGGACAAUGUGUUGUAAGCUGCUUGGUCGGUCAUGGGCAUCUAGAUACAGAAAACUGCGUACUUGUACAGAUGAAAAACACGUUUGUAUAAAAAAAAACAUAUUUUUCUACUUCAUCAGAUCUCUACAUGCAUGUCAGCAAUAAACUUUGAUAUGGAAACGUU